AUGUGUGGCGUCGUUUUAUUUGUUUCGUCAUGGCGUCAUUGUUUGAUAGGUUACGAGUUUUUUGCAGUUAUGGCGCCAUCAAUAACUUCUACAGGGGACGGCGGUCAUCUGCCAGCAGAUCAGGAUCAGAAAAGUAACUGUAACUCAGAGUUGAAGCCGCGCUGUAUGGGUCGUUGCGAAAUCGCUUUGGGUGAUGUUACCCAUCAUAAUGUUCAGCAGUUGAAGCGAUUGAAUCAGGCCGUUUUUCCGGUAUCAUAUAACGAUAAAUUUUAUAAAGAAGUGGUCACUGCAGGAGAACUUGCCAAAUUAGCAUAUUUCAAUGACAUUGUUGUUGGAGGAGUUUGUUGUCGUAUUGACGUCCAAAAUAAUGUUCGUAGGCUUUAUAUAAUGACACUUGGUACAUUGGCUCCGUACAGGAGGUUAGGGAUAGGGACAAUGUUGCUGGAACAUGUGAUUUCUUUAUGCCGGCGAGAUCCUCCUAUAGAAAACAUUUAUUUACACGUUCAGGUUAACAAUGUCUCAGCUCUAGAUUUUUAUAAAAGGUUUGGAUUUGAUGUCGUCGAUACUGUCCAAGAAUAUUAUAAGAGGAUUCAACCCAACAGUGCGUAUGUUUUGGUAAAAAAGAUCGCUCAUUAG